GUUGACAUCAACACGCUCUGCAAGAUUCCGCCUGAGGAGAGGGAUCAGGAUGCAGUCACCAGUGCAUUGAUGAUUGCACUUCGCAGGAAAUUGUGAAGGCACUAGCCAUGCACCUUGUGCAGAUGCAGUGCUGCAUAAAAUCCAUGCUCUUCCCCUCUCGAAGCCUCGUCAAGUACGUUCCCCCAGAUUCAACAGCCCACCGUCGUUCAUGUCCAAGUUCAUUCCCUGUGGCGAGCACCAAAUUGUAGCACCACUUUGAGCACGCCUUCUAAGUUCUACCUAGUUCAAGUUACCAUUCGCGUCGAAAAGGUGGUGUGCAUGCAAGUUGCAGACAUGGCCGGGGGGACAACUUCAGCUGUUCUAGCGGUAGCAAUUGUCCUGUUGGCAAGGAGUGUGUCAGCUCAGCAGCUGGUUAGUUCUGUGCCAAUCACACCCGUGCUGCAGCUACAGGCAGCGCGUGUCAUCCCUGAUGUCGUCAACGGUGUUGUGUCUCCUGCUGAGAACCUCACCAUCAUCUAUGGUGGGGUAAACAGCGUAGGCUAUGGGAACGAGCUUACCGUCAACCAGACCCAGGCAGCUCCCAUUGUCAAUGUGAUCAACGGGAGUGACCCUGCCAGUCUUUACACUCUGAUCCUCUCAGACCCUGAUGUUCCGGACCCGUCAGUUGCGGGACCCAACUCUAGCUACCUGCACUACCUCGUCGUGAAUAUCACUGGCGGAGCGUCCAGCAACAUCGCUGUGACCGGAGUUCCCCUGGCCCCGUACCAGCCUCCUGCCCCCCCAAGCGGCCUGCACCGCUACGUGUUUCAGCUGUACAAGCAGAACGCAACCGCGAGGAUUGGCAACAUCAGUGUCUCCCGUUCCGGAUUCCUGCCGAAGACUUUCGCCGCAACUUAUGGGUUGGGCCUCCCAGUUGCGGUUAACUUCUUCCGCGCGCAGCCCGCUGGAGCAAACAAUCUGACGACCAACUCGACCCCAGAUGUUGUCGAGGUUCAAGAGCUGCUGAGGGGCAGGGUGAUCCCCCAGGUGGUGCCCCCAUUCACACCCCUCGCCCGGCUCAAUGUCUCCUAUGGGAACGGCACCCUGUCAUAUGGCCAGAUUAUUGCCCCGGCCGAAGCAACCUCCCCCCCCGCCGUGUAUGCUCAGGGCAUUGCCCCGGGCACCAUUUACAACUCGACGUUCCCCUAUUUCACGCUCGCCGUUGUGGACCCUGAUGCACCCGACCCGACUACGCCGACCAGUUCCCUUAUCCUGCACUACCUGAAGGUCAACAUUCCGACCAACACCCCGACCGCCAACAUUGUGAACGUCACUGGAGGCAACGUGCUUCAGACCUACGCGCCGCCGGGUCCCCCGACGGGACUCCACCGCUACACCUUCGUCCUGUACGGCCAAGGGAGGCUUUCUAACGCGACCGCCCCGGCCUCCCGCUCCCUCUUCAACCUCACCAGCUUCGCCCUGAAUAACACGCUGGGCAGCCCCCUCGCCGCCUUCUACUUCAACUCCCUCCGGGUUAACACGACCACUGCUGCCUUCGCUCCAGCCAAUACCAACGCCACGCUUGUGACCCCCACAGCGACUAACGCGACUGCGGCGAAAGUCCCCGCUCCGGCGCCGAAGUAACAAGCAAAAUGGUGCCUUGCGGGUCCGGCGUUCUAUUCAUAGGUCCCGGCUUUGAGUCUGUUCGAAUACCCAAGUGCGCGCUAACUUCUGCGAUUAACAAGUAGUACCAUAAACAGACGCCGUGCCGAGCUUGCAUCAAGGAGGAUGGCGCGCAUAUGAGACCAAAAUGAGUUGGGUCGGUUGAGUUAGGAUAGCGAGGCUAUUUUAUACCAUCAGGAAGUAUCCGGAAGUUACUCCUGAAGCCGGCGCCACGCUCUGUCAGUGUAUAGGCACGCAAGCUUGUAUUUUCAACGCUUUGACUCGCUCUGCAUAGACUUUUACAUGAUUCGGUGGGUCGACUUGAGAGGUGUGGUGCAAAGGUUCGAAUGUAUCUGUAUCAACCUUCAGGUGGUACUGAUAUGUAUUAGGACACGGAAAUCGUGGUUAACUCUUCUGCUAAACGUGCGUGCUUUCAUGAACGGUUUGGCAAGGGGUGAGGAACGAGUGAGCGUACGAGGCCAUGUGAGACUCGGAUAUCCCUUUCUUACUACCUGAUGAUUACU